CCAGGUGCGCGGGGCGGGGCUGCGGCUCGGCCCGCCCCGCGGCACCGAGGCGGGACCGGUGUCCGCCGCCGCAGCCCCGCCGCGACGGGCAGCGCAGAGUCGGCUGCGCUCCGCUCCGCUCCGCUCCGCCGCCCGGCCAUGUCCCUCUGCAGGACCGCCUCGCAGGCGCUGGGCUCGCUCCUGAGCAGGGCUCCUGCCGCCGCCAGCCGCCUCAGGCAGCGCGCGCCUCCUCGCCAGAUGUCAUCUGGGAGUGUUCCUGGCUCUUCUAGAGACAGCAUGAUGAUCUAUCUGCUUGCUGGUGUUGCUGCUUUUGGUGGUUUAUUUUAUGCCUACAGAGUAGUCAGUUCACCCCGCAGCAAGUUUGUUGAACAUAAAAAUAUUCUUCAUGAGAGAGCCGAGGGGCAGAAAAGCAACCUGUGGUCAAGAAAGGAAGGUGAUGGAGAAGAGGUGGAUGAAGUCACUGGAGCAGAGAAGACCGUGGAAGAAGCUGAUGCAGCAGCUUCUGUUGAACCUGCAGCACAGGAUGAGAGUGCUGGACCCACAGCACAGGAUGAGACUUCUGGGGUGUCCCCAGAAGCUGGAGGGGAGAAUGACUUACUGGCUCCAGAGGUAUCCCACGCUAUGGAAGAAGCACAGCAGGAAGCUGCUGCUAAUUCAGAAGCUGCUGCUAAUUUGGAACUUGCUGCUAAUUCAGAAGCUGCUGCAGUUCAAGAAACUGGGAAUAAAGUCUUGGAUGUUGCAGCUUCUUCUGCCCAUGAGGAAAAUUACAAGGAAGGAGUAGCCUCAGGAGCUCAAGAGAUUUCUGAUGUAGACUCAAAGAGCCAGGACAAUGAUGCUGAGGAGUUGUGGUGAACUUCAGGGGGUGCAAGAGUCCAGCUGGGUCUGAAAUGUUUGUGUCUGUGAAGUGCUGGUGGCUGUGUGCACUGAACCAGCUGCAAGAGCAUGCAGAACUCAAGUGAUGCAGUGUGGCUGCCCAUGAUGGCUGUGUUUGGCAUCGCAGUGUUAGCAGAAAAUCCAAUUUUCAAAUUAUGUGUGGUGCAGUAGAAGUAGGUUGCUCAAUUUGAUCGCGGCAGUGUGGUGAGCUCAGUGCCCUGCUCAGUAAGUGGCUGGAUGUGAACUUCAUUAAGAAAGGAAAAUUCUCCUUGUGCUGCAUAUAACACAUUUUUUCAACAUCUGUCUUGAUUUCAAAGACAGAAUUUUCCUAAUUUGCAUUGGUGUCAAGAAAAAUAAAGUGCAUGUGGUAUGAAUAAAGUUUGUAGUGCUUUGAUGCAACUAUAAAUAAUCUCAUAUUGCUAUUGAAGUUGAAUGAUGUAAUUGAAUGCAAAGAAAAAUGCGUGUUAAAAUCAUUACUGUGUAGAUAGAUUUUAGGAUGGAGUUUAGAAGUUUGGCCUCUAAACUCUUUUAAAAUUAGAAUAAAAAAGCUAAAAAUAUAAAUGUCAGCAUACCUAAUACAGCUUUGUAAAUUCUAUCCCUUUAGUCCAAGGAUCCUUUGGACUAAGGGAAACAACUUACUUGACUAUUUGUCAUUGAAUAAAUAAUUUCCAGUGUUUCUCAUUGGUGUUUUGUCU